AUGUUAGAUGAUCUCGAUCUCGCCACUCAGCGCAACCUUGCUCUCGCCCGUCUUAACGGAUCACCAUUGGCCACCGGUGCGAACGGGGGCACCUCUGCGGCUGCCGUUGCAGUGGCCGCGGCAGCGGCGGCUGCUGCUGCAGCAGCGGCCAACAAUGGUGGCCCCAACCCGACGCCCCAACCCGACGGACAGUCUCUCUACAGCCAUCUGUACGGCAAGGAAAUGGGUUUAAUGCGUAAGCUGUCCUCGAUGGACGAUUACUCAGCCGUUGCGGCAGCCGUAGCCGGUGGCGGUCACCCUUCAAACUCGUCCUCCUCCUCCUCCUCCUCCUCGACGACGCCAUCCGCCGCCAUGCGAAACUAUCAGCAACUGUUGCAAUCGGAAGGACAGCAGCAACAACUGCAACAUCAUCCGCACAAUCAUCCGCAUCAACCACCGAGCUACAAUUCAUCCAAUCAGCAGCAACAGCAGCUUCACGCGCAUGCCAAGUACAAUGGAACGAACGGUGGUAACGCUGGCGGUGGCGGUUCAUUCAACGGCUAUCAUCCGCACGGUUCCGGUGGAGGUUUGCUGAAACCCUGCUACGACUAUGCGGCCACUACGGCGGGACCAAACUCGUCCGCAGGCGUCCCCCAACAACAGCAGCAGCAACAUCACCAUCACAUGCAGCCACCAUCGAAUGCUCCCUCGAAUGUUGGGCCUCAAAUCAAAAAAGAGCUUUCCUUCGGUGAUCUCUACACACCACCCCUAACGCCGUCCUCAAUCGGAAGUGGUGGCAGUACGGGUAGUGCAGGAACGGCUUCACAGCCACCACCGGUCACCGGUACCGGUUCCACCACGGCAACCGCCGUCUCAACGGCACUGGCCUUCAUGAACAAUUUGCAACAAUCGACGGGAGGUGUAGGUUCAGGAGGUGGCUACGGUGACAGUCCUGGUGGUGGUGGUGGUGGUCCCGACGGUAACCAGUCAGUCAACGGUGGUGGUAGCACCAACAGCAAUGCUUCGACCAACAGUUGCCUACGGAGCGGUAAGCAGUUGGUGGUGGGGAACACCACGGAUCAAGCGACAGCCGCUAUGCUCUCGAUGGCGGCUCGCAGUGGCUCAAUUAUGAAUAGUCUAGCGAAUGGUGGUAGCAGCAAUGGCGGCGUUGGCUGUAUGAACAGCAAGCAGCAGCAGCAGCACGAUUCACCCAAUGCCGGUGACGUUGCGGAUCCUACUGUGGCGCACCUUCAGCAUCAUCAUCAUCACCAUCAUCACCAUGGUCAUGGUGGGCAUCAGCAACACAACAUGCACAACCAUCAGAUGCAGCUACAGCAACACGCCGGUGGAAUGCAUCUUCACGCUGGCCAUCAUGCUGUUGGAGGAUCGUCGAGCGGUGCUGCUAUGAACGGCAGUGGCGGUAAUGCUGCUGGCGAUGAAGAACCGGAUAAGCUAUCGUCACCGCUGACUGGCACCUCGACGCUCACCUCGGAGCUACACGAUCCGGACAAUGACAGUGUCGAGGAUGGGUACACGAUCCUGUAA